GUUCGCGAACAAAUAAUUCAGGUAGCAGGACCCCUUAACAAAUUUAAACGUAUUCUUGACGGCACUUGAGGCCUUUUGGUAACUUUGUAAAUAUUUAAAUAGGAUAGGAUAUUUUUAGAUACAAAUGUAGUGCAUGCAAUUAUUAAGUUUGUUAUGUUUUCUCUGUUUUUGUGUGUAUAUUUGUGUUAUUAUAUUUAUAUAGCUUGUAAAUACUGUAAUAAACGGUCUCUUGAAAAACAGGUGCCUACGAGCCCUGAAGAGCUACCGUUUUAAAAUAUUUUUAAAUAAUAAUAAUAAUAAUAAAAAUUAUUUCAUUUUUUCCUUCAAUCAACGGUGUCGUGAAAUAAUAGCUUUCCGCUGCAUUUAUAACUCUUUUUGUAAUUUGUAUUCACAUUUAGUUAUAAAAAAGUGCUAAAGGUAAGAAACAUUUUUUACUCUUGACAUAUACAAGGUUGCGUGAAUUUUGCGAGACAUGGCGGAUGUCCGGGGGGAGGGGGUUCUCUAAUUCGGACAAUGUCGGACAAGGGGGUCUGAAAAUCCAUCAUUUGGCCGGACAUCCUUUGCGAAUGGCCCCUAAAGAGAAAACACGUUAAAUGAAAGAGCCGUGAAAUAUACUUUAGACUUGAAAACACUGUAAUAAUACACCAGCUAAAAAUUGAUUUCCGGCUGAUAACUGUAAUAUUUUUUUGGUUCGACCGUAUAAGUACGGUGCCCCGCGAACAAUCUCGUACUUUUUUGCGUACAUAUCUACUUGAGAUAUUUGAGUACAAAAUGAUUUCAAAAUACUUGACAAUUUAAUUCAGUUGGGAAACAUAGUCACAUACAGUGGCGUAGCCAAGGGGGGGGGGGGGGGAGGGGGGGGGCGACCGCCCCCCCGAUCGAAAAAAAACCAUUCUCUGAAAAAGGCUAAAUCCGUAGAGAAAUUGGUGGGGGGGGGGGGCUACACGUUACAUCCUCGAAGAUGAAACUGAUUAAGUACAUCUCGACUGAGGAAAACGACGAUAUACUGGAGGAACUUGAUUUGUAAAAUCUCGUUAAAGCAGUUGUAGAUAUGGUUUCAAGAAGAAAAGAUCUAGUUUAGAUUUACAUGUAUGCAUUAUCAUAGCAUGAAUAUUCUUCUCAGACUUAUUCUGUAUCGUAUAAAAAAGCAACGCAAUUUUGAGAAUGCGGAAAUGCUGUCUGAUAGAACCUAGAACGAUUUAAAUGCAACAUUUCUGAUCAAAAUCACAUUGGGAUUUUCUUCCCCCAGCAUAACAGAGGGGAAAUAAGGUGACGCUGACCGGCUCCUUCUGUUUUUUAUGAUGACUUUUCCAAUUUAUUUAAUUCCGAGUAGAUAAUUAGAAAUGUCUGGGAAAAUUUAUGUUUUCGAUCUACUUUAUAAUCUUCGGAAUUCUGCAAGAUUUCACCCCCAAAAUGCUUGAAAUCGCAUUUCAGGGACUCUAGAUUUCAAAAUUUUCUCGGGGGUGCAUGCCCCUGGACCCCCCUAGAUGGUCUCGCGCCUUCGGCGUUCGGUUCGCCCCAAAGAUGAAGGUCUGGCUACGCCACUGGUCACAGAGUUUUAUAUUAGAACAAAAUUCAGUAGAUUCUAUGGUUAGUCAAAGUAGAUAAUCCACAACAUGUUCUCAAGGCCUCUCAACAAUUUCUCAUCCCUUCCCCAAUUUUUCAUUGGACUCGGCCGCCCUGCUCGUCUCCCUUGAGCCGCUGGAAUCACCAGUGUUUCUCCUGGUACUCUGAUGUUUUCAAUGAUGGCCUUUCCUGAACAUUUUUAAUUUAGAUUGGGUUCAAAACGACAAAACAGGAAAGGUCAGUUCAAAACUGAUGAUCUAAAAAAAGUGAGUGGAAUAUGAAUUCAUUACCAUUCCCAACGCGGUUUGUCCACAAUUUACCGGGAAAGAGCGCGAAAUCGAAUUUAUGUUCCGUGGUGGCAUAACUUUCGGUUCGGGUUUGUUCUGAAACCUUUUGCAAUAUUUUGUUCAAUUAACAAACACCGAUCGCAGCUAUGAAUUCACACGAUUGUAGGUCGAAUAUUAACGAUAAAUUGGGCAAAGUCUCGGUUGUUCUCGGAGCACAGUGGGGCGACGAAGGCAAAGGAAAAGUUGUGGAUUUAUUGGCAUCCAAUGCCGACGUUGUUUGUCGCUACCAAGUAUGUAAAACUAUCGGUUUAUUGCUGUUUAUAAUUGAUGUACGCUAUUCCCAUGUGGUUCAAUAUAUUUGUAUCGAAGUCCCAGAUUUUCUUAGACUACAUGUGAUAAAUUUUGUUAUCAGAUUCUCUCGGUAUAUUCUGUUACAAAUAUGUACAAUAUUUUCAAUGAUCUUUGUAAAUUUUAAAAUACUGUUCAGUAUGCUCGCUAAUUUUAUUGGUGAAAUUUAAACAUUUUGGUAAAAAGUUGCAAGUUUAACGCACGCCGGAUAUUAGGAAGUACGGAUUGUGAAAUUUGUAAAAUAAAAUUACUUAGUCUAGCGUUCAGAAGGUGUGAAAGUUUUGAAAUUUCGUGACAGCAUGCUUCGAACUAACUGUUUGAAGUGGCAUGUGGAGAUUAGAUCUUUGGUCAUGCUUGCUUUUGUGAUGCACUUCGUAUAUAAAUGUCAGGAUGUUAUAAAGUUAGUGCAAAAUAUUAGAUACUUUAUAUAAGAAAUUAGGUGAUACAUAUACAAUAUCACACAACACUUUUCCUCAAUAAGUAUUAACAUGUAUGAUGUCAAACAGAGUUAGGGGCUUCAUAUAUGCUUGACUAGUUCCAAGAAAAAAAUUCUGUACGAUAUUUAUGGGAAAAUAUUUUUCAAAUUUUUGUCAGUGGUGGUAGCUGGGGAAGGCUUGAUUUUAUUUAUUCCUUACUUGCCUAUAUACUUGUCAUAGGUUUUUAGGCAGUACUUAAAUUGUAAUACACAAUUUCCAGCCGUACAAUCUAAGAUUUUGUCUUGUGUUACAUCAUUCUAUCAGGAAACCCAAUUUCUAGCCUAAUUUCCAGGUGGAUACAAUUCCAUCUGUGUAUACAAAACUAUAUAUAUGAAGCAAGAUUUCAGCACUGGUGAGGCAACUUGGCAAUGCCAGUGGAAACGGACUGCCGAGAUGACUGGCAGAAAUAACAAACUACGAUAUAUUACAGGUUAACAAGAGACAGCACUCUCCCCUUGUAGAAUAAAAUCAAUUGGUGUUAGACAGAACAUUAAAUGUAGGGUGCAUUAGGGGGCAAUGCAACUUAAUGGGUUAACUGGACACAUUGGCAGAUAGUCUGAUUAACCCAUUGAGCAUCAGUGCUCUCCCCCUGACAAGUAAAAUCAUCUGGUGUUAGAAAGAGUGAACUAGGGUGCAAUGCAACUUUAUAGGUUAUAAAGUACCCCCUCUCCAAUGGUAAUCCCUGUCUGCACACCAUGGUAAUAGAGGAUUUAUGAUAAUACUCGACAUCAUGGUACAUUAGACUCUAUUAGAGUGCAUUGCCACUUUAAUAGGUUAAUAUAUUUUGCAAGGUUUAAUAGGUUCUUUUGUUUGCAUUUGUCAAUUGUUUAUCUUAUAUUUGUGUUUAGGGUGGUAAUAAUGCAGGACACACAGUUUCAGAUGGAACUACCACAUUCUACUUUCAUCUUAUUCCAAGGUAUGACCAAUACAGUUCCCCAUUACCCAUAUUCAUCUGGACUGAAAACAUCAUGAAUCAAUUUACGCAAGUUAUAUUCUCCUGGCAGAAAUAUAUGUGCUGGUUGCUUUAAUUAGUAUUGAUAUUCUCCCUUCUGACCUAAUUAUAACUUAUUUUGUUCUGUUUUAGUGGGAUUAUUCACAAGAAUUGUAAAAGUAUUAUUGGUAAUUAAAUUGUUAUACUUACGGCUUUAUGACUUCUUCUUUCCAUGUUCAUUGAAUCAAAUCAGAUUGUGAAUUAGAUACAAAUAUUUAAAGAUGUGUGACUUUGUGUGAAACUGUUAAAGUGUCGAUGCAUAUGUUAAUGGCUUUGAUUUUUUUUAUGUUUAAAGGCAAUGGAGUGGUUGUUCAUAUUCAACAAUUAUUUAAUGAAAUUGAAGAGAAUGUCAAGAAAGGUUUGUUUUUGACCAAGCAAAAUAUUCUGUUCACAAAUCAUACCCUCUCAUACAUUGGUCAUACAUAACAUUGUUUCUUAGCCCAUUAAUGUUGGAGUAAUUUUAAUGCACAAUUUUCCUCUGCGUUUUAAGGUUUAACUGGAUGGGAAGAGCGUUUACUAAUAUCUGAUCGAGCACAUAUUGGUACGGAUCUUCUGAAUUGGCGGAAAUUAAAUGCAAAACAUUAUUUUAACAUUGCCAAUCUUACUAAUAAAAACAAUUUUUAUAUUGUAGUGUUUGAUUUUCUUCAACAAGUUGACGGAAUUCAAGAGAACUCACAACGUAAAGUUAGGUACAUAUAGUAUAUAGGUUGUUUAUUUUAUAACUUAAAGGUUUGCAUGAUUUUAUUUAUAGUUUGCAUUGUCGGAAAUUCAUGGAAUGCAAAAGUUAUGCUAAACGAAAUUCAACUUGGUGUUUUAAAAACAAAAGUAGUUAAUAGUUAUUUGCACUUUCAACAAAAAGGUCAUUACAUUUUCAUUUUAAUUAUAUUUAAAUGCUUUAUAGCCUCGGGACUACAAAAAAAGGAAUUGGGCCAACUUAUGCUGCUAAGGUAUAAAUGUAAUCGACAAAAAUUAUGUACACUUUAAUUAGCCUGCAAGGCAGGUGCUCGCGGUUUGGAUUAGGGUGUAUCCUAAUCCGUGAGAGUCUGCCUUGGAGGCUAUACUUAGUUACUAAGGUAGAAUAAACUGCUGGAAUAAACUGCUUUCCAUUCCUUUUUAUUUCUUCCUCUUUAGUUGGUCUAAAGAAGCCUUUGAAAUAUCCCCAUAACAUUUCUGUGUUGAUUUUAAUAUAAUUUCAUAUCUUUGAUUUGCAAGAUGCAGUUUUUGGAAUUUGGUUUAUUCUAUAUGUACAAUUGACUGCUGGGAAUGGAUGUGGUCCAAGAGUAAGAUAAACUAUGGCCAUGUUACACGACUCAUGAGUACAUGUUUCUACUUCGUAUCUAGGCGUCCAGAUCUGGUAUAAGAAUAUGCGAUUUGAUUGGAGACUUUGAGUACUUCAAAGAGAGGUUGGUGAACAACAUACAUGUCUCUAUUCUUGUGAUAAACUCAGCGUCUGUCAAAUUUUCUCAAAAAUAUUAUGUUUAAUUUCUUUUUAGAUUUCAAGCACUUGUUGUUCACUACGAAAGAGCGUAAGUUUCAUUUUACAAAAUAAAAAACAAAAGAUGUUUUACCUGAGUUUUAAGGAAGGAAAUUCCGUAAAAGCUAUUCAAUUUCUUAUCAUUUAAUGACGAGUUGUUUCUUUGCAGAUAUCCUGGCUUGAAGAUAAACGUUGAGGAAGAACUGCAAAAAUAUAAGGUUACUGCGUGUUUGUUGCAUGCUUAGUGGUUUUAGUUUUCAAUUGUUGUUAUAACUUUUUUGGUCACCUCCAACUUCACCUUUCGUACGAUAUUUUCCCUUUAAAUUCAUUUAUUACUCAGUUCGCUAUUUUCUUCUUCAGCAUACAAUAUAUUCCUUUUAACUUCCAUAUUCACAACAUUUUUCUCCAUGUUCACCAUAUUUUCUCAUAUUCGCCGUAUUCUCCAGUUUCACCCGGGCACAUUCUUCUCCAUAUUCACCAUAUUCUUCGGCAUAUUCACCACAUUUUUCUUUACCUCAUAAUUAGUUUACUCUUGUAAUUUUUGUUUAGAAAUGUGCAGAGAAAAUCCGACCUUAUGUGUGCGACACAGUUAGUUUCAUGCACGAUGCUUUGGAAAACAAGAAACGAAUUCUCGUUGAAGGGGCAAAUGCCAUGAUGUUGGAUAUUGAUUUUGGUAAGUUUAAAGUGUCUAUGACACGAAAUUUCACCCCAAAUGUUUAUGAUUGCAUUGUAAAGAUCACUUAAAAUGACUUAAUAAUUUCUUUUAUAGAAUUUUGGUAACUUGCUUCCUUUGCAAGAUAUUCAACUUUGUUUCAUAUGCAAAUAUCACCGGUGUGACAUCACAUCGCAUAAUGACAUUUUGAAAACGCAAUAUUUUACCUUGAUAAAAUAUUUUUAGAAACAAAUACAGAUUACAGAGGGUUAAUUACCAGUUAUGAAAUUAAUACAUAUACAAGGGCAAUUUUUAAGUUUUUUAGAUACGUAUUCGUCAAGAAAACUAGUAUACUUUUCUGAAAACUCGUUAUGUGAUGUGAUGUCACACCGGUAAUAUUUGCAUAUGAAACAAAGUUAAAUAUCUUGAAAAGAGAGCAAGUUACCAUAAUUCUAUAAAAGAAAUUAUUAAGUCAUUUUAAGUGAUCUUUAUAAUGCAACCAUAAACCUUUGGGGUGAAAUUUCGUGUCAUAGGCACUUUAAAUCGAAAAUAUGAAUAACUCCCAAUAACACCACACUGUGUGAGGUCUUUGUAUCUUACACUUAAAACUUAAUUUUCAAAAUAGUGUUCUAUCGUUUUAUAGGAACAUAUCCAUUCGUGACGUCCAGCAGUUGUUCAUCUGGUGGUGUGUCGACAGGUCUUGGUAUCCCACCCAGAACUAUUGGUUCAGUUAUUGGUGUAGUUAAGGCUUAUACCACCAGAGUUGGUGUCGGAGUUCUUCCCACAGAACAGUUAAAUGUGAGCAUUAGGAUUAGAAAUGCUGGGAAAUGUCAGACUAGCUGACUAUUCUAUUGAUCUCCUCAGUAAAAAUGUUCAGUAGAAGUUAAAUGUCUGAAAUUUUUGCAUACUUUUCUUUCUUUUUUUAAAAAAAUGUGUAACUUGUGUAAAAAUACUAAAACAAUUAUUCGCCUCAGGCUCGGUGAUUAUCGGGAAAUAUUCACCUCGACUUUGUCUCGGCGAAUAUUCCCCGAUAAUCACCUCGCCUUCGGCGAAUAAUUGUUAAAUGUUCUCUGAACGUGAAUGCUCACACAAACGUGAGCAAAACAUAGAUCAAUUACUUUUGUCGUCCAUUAUGAUUUUGGUGUUAAUGAAAUGUUGUUAUUAGGAAAUCGGAGAGAGUCUUCAGAGAGUUGGUCGUGAGUUUGGUGUGACAACUGGCAGGAAAAGGAGAUGUGGAUGGCUAGAUCUUGUGGUCAUUAGAUAUUCCAAUAUGAUCAACGGAUACACGAGGUAAACAGCGUUGUGAGUUCAAUACUUUUGCAUAUGAUUGUUUACGUCUGCAUGUACUGUCGAUGCAAUGGAAGUGUUGAUAAAAUAUUGCACCAAUUCCUUUCCUCAAGUUGAUCAAUUCAUUUGAUAGAAAAUUGAUCAACUUUACUUUUAGAUGAGCCAAUUAGAUUUCGUUUCAGAAACGAUUGACCAAUAGGAAACGCACAGGAAGUAAAAAGAAAUUUGAAUUCGUAUGAAUUGAUCAACUUGAGGAAAUGAAUUCAUGCAAUAUUUUAUCAACACUUCCAUUGCAUCGACAGUAAUAUGUUGUAAUUUAAAAAAUUGUUAUAUUUCCCAUUUUCACAGUUUAGCUGUAACGAAGCUGGAUAUUCUCACGAAUCUUGGUGACUUGAAAAUUGGAAUAAAUUAUAAAUAUAAAGGAGAAACUCUGUCGUCCUUCCCAGGUAAGAUGAGGGUAUUAAUUGAAGGUGCAUUCACCCUACAGGACUGCGAAUUUUCCGGCCGAUGUAUAACCGAACCGACGUCAAACUGGAAGCACUCUUAUUACAUGUGAUUGAGGCGAAAUUCGAAUCGGAGUAUCUUACAACUGGAAGAACACAGACACCGCAACAAAAUGUUUCUGUUUUACUUUCAGCCUCCUUGGAAGUUCAAAAGGAGAUGGAAGUCGAGUACAUCACAAUGCCUGGAUGGACGGAAGACAUCGGAAAUGUUCGGAAGUUUGAAGAUUUACCCGAAGCUGCUCAGAAUUACGUAAGAGCAGUUGAAAAAUACACAGAUCUGCCAGGUGAGUGUUCAAGAUAUUUGAAAUGCAUUAGGAUUAGGCAGAAUUGAGAAAUAAUUGAUUAUCUUGAUUAUGUAAAGAUGAAACCAAAACUCAUAGCCAAUUACUAAGGGAGCGACUAACCCCAAAUAUGAUUUCUUGUAAAAAUAUGUGGGUCAUUCUAAGAAAUGUAAUAUAUCUUUAUAGUAAGAAGCCUCAUCUUGUUCAACCUUUCACUGUCAAAGUCUCCGGAUAUGGUGUCGUUAGUUAUUUGCAAUUCAUCUGAUGACGUCAUAUCCGGCAACCUUGCAACUUUACUAUAAAAAUAGGGCGUUAGUUAGGGUUAGUUGCACUGUAAAGUUUUAAGAAGGAACAAAAUAAUGUCUCACGUACAAUUGCUCCCUUAUAGUUAUGUCCACGGAAGACGAAUUUAUGUAUUUUUGUUGCCUUUUUAGUGGAAUAUGUUGGUGUUGGACCAACACGAGACGAGAUGAUCAAACUUUUCUAG